UGUUAAAACUAAGAACUGCAAUAAACUCAAGCAAAAGUUGAAGUGCGGGCCAUUUUCUAUUCUAUUUAUAAAAUUACUUGCGGGCCAAUUAAAACUGGACGGGCCAGACUUUGGACACGCCUGGCUUAGGGCGUCUGAACAAAUCGACCUCCUUGUGAAAUCACUUGGCCCAGAAUCUACCAAGCAUGCACAUCGCAUUAAAGCUGUAAACAUAACAAACCCAGCUGUGGCAUUAGAGCUAAUCUGGGAGAGGCUAGAAGAAAUCUAUGGGUCGCCAGAAGCCAGUGCUCUUUUCACCAAACUUGAUCAAUUUCCUAAAAUAGGGCCCAGAGACAAUCAAAAACUAAGAGAGCUGAGUGAUCUGUUGCAGGAGAUAAAUGCAGCAAAAGAAGAAGGGUACUUGCAUGGACUCUUCUAUCUCGAUACAGCGCGAGGUGUCGCUCCCAUUGUGGAUAAGCUGCCAUAUGGGAUACGAGACAAGUGGAUGAUGGAAGGCUCACACUACAAGCAGCGGCACAAGGUGACCUUCCCUCCAUUCACGUUCUUCUUACAGUUCAUACAGACACAAGCAAAGGCACGCAACGAUCCAAGCUUCAAUCUGCUGUCAACCUGCAACUCUGGAGUUAAAAGGGACAAGCUUGGAGAUGGUUACAGCAUCAACCGCAGGUCAGUUUCAGUGCAUAAAACCAGCGUUACGGCCAUAUCUGAGGGAGGACCGGACAAAUGUUGUCCUGCGCACAACAAACCUCACGCCUUACAGCAGUGCAGAAGUUUCAGAGAAAAGCCAAUUCAGGAACGAAAGGCAAUAUUAAAGCAACACAACAUCUGUUUCAAGUGCUGCGCUUCUAACAAACAUGUAGCUCGCGACUGUCAAGCAGAAAUCAAAUGCUCUGAAUGUAACAGUGAUAAGCACCCAACAGCUCUGCAUUCAGAUGUUCCUCGCUUUCCCAAAGCUCUUCAGCCCCCAGCAAGUCAUGGCGGGGAGAAACAAGAACUACAAGAGACUGCAGUUGUUUCAAGUUGCACUGAGGUAUGUGGGGAAGGAUUUUCUGGGAAAUCUUGCUAAAAAAAUAUGCCUGGUUAACGUUUAUCCUGCCAACGAUCCUAGUAAACGCCAGAGAAUGUAUGUCAUGCUAGAUGACCAGAGUAACGUUUCACUAGCACGCUCUGAGUUUUUUGACAUGUUCGAGGUUAAUGGUAAGGCAGAGCCAUACAUCCUCCAGACAUGCAGUGGCAUAGGUCUCACUUCUGGCAGAAGAGCCUCUGGGUAUAUGAUAGAGGCAAUCGAUAGCUCCCUCGCUAUUCAGCUGUCCAUGUUAAUCGAGUGCAACAUGAUUCCCAACAAAAGAGAGGAAAUUCCCACUCCCUCCGCGGCUUACGCACACAGUCACCUCAAAGGCAUAGCACACAAAAUACCACCCUUGGACAGUGGUGCAGACAUUUUGCUGUUGCUUGGAAGAGACAUUUUGAGAGCUCAUAAAGUGCGCAGUCAGAUCAAUGGUCCGCACAAUGCACCAUACGCACAGAGACUGGACUUAGGCUGGGUGAUAAUAGGAGAUGUGUGCUUAGGCAAUACUCAUAAGCCUUCCCAAGUCUCUACUUUUAAGACUCACGUUCUAUCGGAUGGAAGGCCAACUCAUUUUUCCCCGUGCGAAAGCCACUUUACUGUCAAGCCAGACACCAGUCUCUUAAAUUGACACUUAGUACUUGGUGGUUCAAACAUAAAGGACAGAACACAAAACAGAACUAUAGGAAACAAUGUUUUCUGCCAGACCAAGAACGACAAUAAGCUUGCACCCUCCAUGGAAGAUCUGCAGUUCCUGAAUAUCAUGGACAAUGAGUGUUUCCAGGAUGAGUCACAAAGCUGGGUGGCUCCACUGCCGUUCCGCCAGCCCAGAGCAUUGCUGCCUAACAAUCGCCGCUACGCACUCAGUCGGCUCAAGUCACUUGAACGAACUCUAGACAAAAACCCAAAAAUGAAAGUUCACCUGAUAGACUUUAUGCAGAAAAUGUUGGACAAUGGGCACGCAGAGCUCGCACCCCCAUUACAAGGGAACAAAGAGUGUUGGUACCUGCCCUAUUUCGGUGUGUACCAUCCUCAAAAGCCGUCACAAAUCCGAGUGGUAUUUGACUCCAGCGCACAGUUUGAAGGUAUGUCGCUCAACACAGUGCUGUUAUCAGGACCCAAUCUAAACAACAGUCUAUUGGGCGUGCUAGUGAGAUUCAGGAAACAUCCAGUCGCAGUAACCGCAGACAUCCAGCAGAUGUUCUAUUGCUUCCUGGUGCGUGAGGACUGCAGAGAUGUACUGAGGUUUGUCUGGCACAAAGACAAUGAUCCACAGAAAGAGCUCGUGGAUUACAGAAUGUGCGUGCAUGUAUUUGGAAACAGCCCCUCGCCUGCUGUGGCCACAUAUGGUUUGAGGAGGGCCGCGCAAAAGGGAGAAGCCAAAUACGGGUCAGAUGUUCGCCACUUCAUUGAGCGUGAUUUUUAUGUGGAUGAUGCUUUAAAGUCUGUCCCCACCGAACAUGAUGCUAUCGACCUCCUGAAACGGACACAAGACAUGCUAGCAGACUCAAACCUUCACCUCUUAAAAAUAGCAUCAAAUAAGGUUGAAGUGAUGGACGCAUUCUCACCUCAAGACCGAGCCAAGGAUCUCCAAAAUCUGGAUCUGUUCAAGGAUGAACUCCCAGAUCACCGCAGUCUUGGAGUAAAGUGGAAUAUAAUGGAGGACUAUUUCACUUUUCACAUUCCUCAUGCUGAAAAGCCAUGCACACAAAGAGGAGUCCUCUCAACUGUGAACAGUGUGUUUGACCCACUUGGGUUUUUGGCCCCAGUCACCGUUCGAGGACGUCUGCUUCUAAGAGAGUUGUCGCUACAGACAGCAGAGUGGGACUCACCUCUCCCAGAGGAUCCGAAAGGCAGAUGGAUGGAAUGGCAACAGUCCCUCCAAUGCCUCAGCAAAGUCAACGUUCCACGCACUUACACUAAAAUGUCACUGUCACAGGCUAAAUGUGUAGAACUUUGUGUCUUUUCAGAUGCGUCCAUGAAGGCAAUAUGUGCGGUUUCAUACCUCAAGGUCACCACUGGGGAUGGCAAGACAGAGGUUGGGUUUGCCCCAGGUAAGGCACGACUCGCUCCACAGCCAGAGCUCACUGUACCUAGGCUCGAACUCUGCGCCGCAGUAAUGGCGGUUGAAAUAGCAGAGGUCAUAUGUGAAGAGAUUGAUCACCCUAUAGACAAAACUAGUUUCUAUACAGACAGCAAGGUGGUUCUUGGUUAUAUUCACAACCAAUCCAAACGUUUUUAUGUCUAUGUAAACAAUCGUGUGUGUCGUAUUAGAGAGUCAACUACUCCAGAGCAAUGGCAUUUCGUUAUGACCGACCAGAAUCCUGCUGACCACGGCUCACGAUCAGUUCCAGCCGCUGAGUUAGAACACACGACAUGGUUCACAGGUCCAGCGUUUCUCCAGUGCCCUUCAUACAUCCAUCUAGAGCAGACUGAUUACAAACUGCUGAACCCAGACAACGACGCAGAGGUGCGCCCAGAGGCAUGGACAUGUUUGGCCCAUGGGAAGUAACUACAAGGCGAACAAGAGGGGGACAAGCAAACAGAAAGCGGUGGGCAAUAUUAUUCACGUGCCUGUGUACAAGGGCUGUCCACAUUGAAGUAGUGGAGGAGAUGAGCUCUUCAAGUUUCAUUAACGCACUGAGGCGUUUCUUCGCCCUCGGAGGACCCGCAAAACAACUGCGCUCGGACUGCGGCACUAAUUUCAUUGGUGCUCACAAAGAGAUGGCCACAAAUGCACCAGAGAAAGACAAAGUGCAACACUUUCUGCUGGACCAGAAGUGUUCCUGGGUUUUCAAUCCUCCCCAUUCUUCCCACAUGGGGGGAGUAUGGGAACGGAUGAUUGGUUUAGCACGGCGAAUACUUGAUAACAUGCUGCUGCAAACUGGUCGUGUUCAACUCACUCAUGAGAUUUUGACCACAUUUCUUGCGGAAGUCACAGCUAUACUGAAUGCACGACCGUUGUUGCCAGUAUCAUCAGACCCAGAACAUCCUCACAUUCUCUCACCGGCGAUGCUGCUGACACAAAAGACUGGAGUUGUACCCACCAUCUGUGAUGAUGUAGGACCCAAAGAAAUGCUCAGAAGCCAUUGAAAGCGGGUUCAGUUCCUUGCAGACACUUUCUGGAGCAGAUGGUGCAAGGAAUAUUUGCACAGCCUCCAAAUUCGUUAAAGGUGGCACCACAAGAACAUUGACAUUAAACAGGGAGAUGUCGUUCUCCUCAAGGACAAACAAACAAGAAGAAAUGAGUGGCCAAUGGGCGUAAUCGAAAAGACAGUUGCGAGUGAAGAUGGAAUCAUCAGAAAGGCCGAAGUUAGAGUUGCUUCCAAGGGAAAUGUUAAGACUUAUUAUAGACCUAUUUCUGAAAUGGUUUUUCUGUUAUCUAGUGAUGUUUAGAUAUCUGUUGUGGUAUCCCUAAGAUACCAGGCGGGGAGUGUUCUGACUAUUGUCAAAUUUGUACAUGUUUUGUUUGGUUAGUGCACUGGCCCUUUAAGAGAAAGGCAUGGUCUGUGUGCGGACAGAGGAAGUGUAAAAAGACUCAGACAAUCGACUGAUUGAUAUGAUCUAUGCUGUGAAAGGCUGAUAAAAAGGCAUUCCCUGUGAGUAUGCAUUAUUAUUUGGCACUUUAUGUUGAUUAAUAGCAGUUACUUAGGUGCUGUAUUACGCAUGCUAAUUUAUGGUUUGUAGACAGUUGUUUGGUGUUAGCAUUAGCACUUGGUCACGCAGCUCCUCAAGUAAUUAUUUUAAUUUGACACUCAUAUACACUGUAUUUUGUUGUUACAGUUUCACACCUGCCAUAUAAAGCAAAGUCUAAACCCAGUCUGGCGUCAGUGACUUUUGUGUGGAGGUGUUUAACUCAUGGAUAGUAGAAAGUGGUUCUACGAGGCCAGUACAGUUUUCCUGCUUGGAAUUGUAUACUUAGGAUUCACUGCAUGAAUAAACUUUCUGAAUCCUUUAUCGUCCACAACUGAAAAUAAUUGUGGAUGAUUACUAUACUUUUGUAAUGUGACGGUGUUGUCUUUUGUUGUUGUCCCUGGCUCUCUUUCUCUCUCUGCUUUGUCUCUAGGGGCCACUGUAUAUAUUUAUAUAAAAACAUAUAUAAAUAAAACCACGUUUUUUUACAUUAGUAAUU